UUCAAAUUCCCUCCGAAUAUUCCUUCUUAGAGAAGACGCUCUUUACUCUCCAGACACGAUGUCUCCGCCACCGCUGAAGCUCGCGUUCGUCAAGGGCCCAAGAGAAGGCGAAACUCUCGAGUACAAACCCGGAUCCACUAUCCGGAUCGGGCGGGUCGUUCGCGGCAACGAAAUCGCCAUCAAAGACGCCGGAAUCUCCACCAAACACAUCCGAAUCGUCUCCGAUUCGGAGAACUGGAUAAUCCACGACCUUGGAUCUUCCAACGGCACCACACUCAACUCGGAAUCUCUCGACGCAGACACUCCCGUUACUCUCCGCCAGGGAGACGAAAUCAAGCUCGGUGAGUAUACUUCCAUUGUAGUGAGCUUCGAGACUGAUGUUCAGGAGGAGGAGGAGCCUAAGCUACCCCCGAGGCCGAGAAGGAAUACAAGGCGCCUUCCUGUUGCGGAUCCGGAUCCGGUUCAGGAGAAACCAACGCGUAAGGGUAGAUCUGCGAGGCAAGAGGAACCUGAACCGCCGAAGAGAACAACUAGGGCUACGAAGGAGGCGGAAGAAUCUGUUCCAGUGGAGAAGAAGGGAAAGUCUAGGGCUCGUGGAGGUAGGAAGAACGCUGAGGAUGUUUUGAAUUCAAUCAAAUUGGAAGUUGAGGAGGAUACACCAAAGGGAGUGGAGAUGUCAGCGAUGAAGAGAGUGACAAGGAGCAGCAGAAAGAUUGGGAAUGCAAAAAGUGAGGAGGAUACUAGUUUAGAGGAGAUGAGAAUACCUUCAAGGGCUACGAGGAGCAAGAGGAAAGAGGUUGGUGGAGAUUCUUAUCUGGACUUGGAUAUGGUCUUGAGCCAAGCCCGUGCUAAGAAGAAGAAAGUGGAGCAGAAGAGCGUUGUUGAAGAGAUGGAAGCUACAAAUAAGAGUGUUGAAGGAGAUAAGGAAGAUGAAAGAGGUGUUAGUGAACCUAGUGAUAAAGAAGAUGAGGCACCUAAGAGGGUCGAGAUUGAGUCAAGAAAGAGCACAUUAGGAGAAGAGGAUGUUGAAGAAGAUAAGGAAAAUGAGAAGGAGGAUGUUACUGACACGAGUGAUAAAGAUGAUCAGACGUCCAAGAAGGUUGAGGUUGAGUCAGGGAAGAGCUCAUUAGGAGAAGAGGAUCUGAACUGUAGUGUUAAAGAAGAUGGAGAGGAAGAGAACUUACCAGAUACAUCAGAUGGUGGGUGUGAUGAAGAAGAAGAAGAAUCCAGGAAUGUAGAGAAGGUAGAUUUAGAGAAGAUGACACUAGGAGACUGGUUUAAAUACAUGGAGGUAUACCUGCGGAAAAAGAUAGUGGAUGAGACAGAGGAGAUGAUAGAGGGAAUGAGAGCUAAAUCUCGAAGAGUUCACCAGUAUAUUGCAGAGCAGAAGGGAAAAGAAAAGGAUGUGUGAGUUAAUUAAGGACCAUCCCGUGAGAGAGAGAACUAUCUAUGACCCUAGUCCUUCUUAAGUUAGGUAGCUAACAUCUCUUUUUUCUUUUUUAUCGGCUUAACGUUCUUAAUUAUGAAUCUCUUUGUAUGAGAUUGUUUUAAAUCAAGCACCUACUGUAUCUAUAUAUAUAUAACUCGCUUUGGUGCUGA